UGUGAGGGGAAAGGGAUUUAACCCCUCGCCCUAUCUGGGGUCGCUGUAUAAGGUGGGUUUGAACGCGUUGUGUUUAUGGUAGUUCUGAAAAGGAGUUUUGGGAGGGUUUAAACUUCCCUCCCCCCCCAUUUAGGAUAAUUCUAAAAGGGAGAUUGGGGGGUUCGCCCCCAUUUGGGGCAGCCGUGUAAAGGGGUUUUAAGAGGGUUUGGCUCCCUUCUCAUUCCGGGUCUCCGUUUAAACCCUCCCCAGUUCCAUUUAGAAUAACUCUUUUAGGGGGAGUUUGUAAGAGUUUAAACACCCCCCUAUUUAGGGGAGUUUGGGGGGGUUAAACUCCCUCUUUCCCUUAUCCAGUUAUCCAGGAUAACUCCCUUAUCCUCCUUAUCCAAGCGGGUUUUGGGGGGGUUUAAACAUCCCCCAUUUAGGAUCUGGUGGGAUUUAACAUCCCCCUACCUGGGGUAGCUUUACAAAAGGGGUUUGUUUCCCUUCUUUUCCCUAAAUUAUUUCUAUUCGGAGGGAAGCUGUGGGCUCACAUCUGGCCAGAUGUUGAGGGCAGGGGGCUUUGCAAGAGAACAGAGCAGGGCUUAGGAGGGGUUUCAGCCCCUAAUUAGGACAGGGCUGGGAUCUGGACCCCGGUGGGGUCACCGAGCCCCCAAACCCCCCCUGUGAGCUCAAGCAGGAGCCCCCCAGCUCCAGCCCCCCAUUCCCAGCCUGUGGAUGUCACAUCCCUGGAGAUGAUGCCCCCCGAGGAGGAGAGCCCGGAUGGGGACAGGGACGGUGGCCUUGUCCUCCUGCACGGCCCGAAGAGCGGCAGCACGCGCAAGCAGGGCUGUGACCCCUUUGCCCAGACCCAGCGCAGCAAACUCCAGCACCGCCGGGCCCGGAUCAACCAACAGAUCAACAAGGAAAUGAGGAUGAGAGCGGGAGCAGAAAACCUCUUCCGGGCCACCAGCAACCACAAGGUGAAGGAAACAGUGGCUCUGGAGCUGAGCUACGUCAACUCCAACCUUCAGCUCCUGAAGGAAGAGCUGGAAGAGCUCAACAGCAGCAUGGAUGUGUAUCAGAAUGAGAGUGAAUCCAUCAGCGUUCCCAUGAUCCCCCUGGGACUCAAGGAGACCAAGGAGCUGGAUUUGCUGGUACCACUCAAGGAUUUCAUCAGUGAACACUAUGGAGAGGAGGGUGUCCUGUAUGAAAAGGAAAUCAAGGAAUUCAUGGAGCUGCGACAGGCCAUGCGCACCCCGAGCCGCAACGAGGCCGGAUUGGAGCUCCUGAUGGAAUAUUACAACCAGCUCUACUUCCUUGACAGCCGGUUCUUCCCUCCCUCCAAAACCCUGGGCGUCUUCUUCCACUGGUACGACUCCCUGACGGGGGUCCCAUCCCACCAGAGGGCUCUGGCCUUCGAGAAGGGAAGUGUCCUCUUCAACCUGGGAGCGCUGCACACCCAGAUCGGAGCGCGGCAGGACCGCGCCUCCCUGCCCGGCCUCAACCAGGCCAUCGAUGCCUUCCAGAAGGCAGCUGGUGCCUUUAACUACUUGAAGGAAAACUUCUCCAACGCUCCCAGCCUGGACAUGAGCGCGGCCUCCCUGACCAUGCUGGUGAGGCUGAUGGUGGCCCAGGUCCAGGAGUGUGUCUUUGAGAAGAUGACCUUGCUGCGUGCCCAGAACGACUUCCUGGCCCGCCUGCAGCUGGCUCAGGAGGCAGCAAGGGUGGAAGAUGUUUAUUCCCUGGUACACCAGACCAUGAGCCAGCCCCACGUCAAGGACUACGUUCCCUUCUCCUGGACCACCAUGGUCCAAGUCAAGUCGGAGCAUUUCAAAGCCCUCUCCCAUUAUUUUGCUGCCAUCGCCCUCUGUGACUGCCCCGCUCCCUCGGAUGCCGAGCUGCUGGAGCAGGAGAAGGCUUUCCUGCAAUUCCAUGUCACCAUGCCAGAGGGGCCAUCACUGCGUGUCCUGCUGCAGGAUCCCGAGGAGAGGAGGAAGCUGGGCAAAGCUCACCUCAAAAAAGCCAUCAUGAAGCACGAGGAGGCCAUGAGGAUCCAUGGAUUGUGCAAGAUCCUAAGGAAGAUGGAUAUCCUGCAGGAGGUCCUGUCCUUCGCCCACAAACGCUCCCUGAGCAAAUAUUCCGAGAUCGACCACGAGGAGGAUUUCUUUGAGACGGGAGAGGCUCCGGACAUCCAUCCCAAAACUCACCAGAAACCCGAAAUCAAAUCCCCCAACUUCUCCCAGGUGAAGGUGACUGACCUCUUCCACAGGCUGGGCCCGCUGUCCGUGUUCUCAGCCAAGAACAAGUGGUAUCCAGCUCGGAGAGUCCACCUGAUGAGAGGAGAGAACGGCUUUGGGUUCACCCUGCGAGGAGACUCCCCCGUCCUCAUUGCCGGGGUCAUCCCGGGGGGCUGCGCUGCUGAAGCUGGGCUGAAGGAGGGGGACUACAUCAUCUCAGUGAAUGGCAAGGACUGCAAGUGGUCCAAGCACGCCGAGGUUGUCCAGCUCCUGAAGAGCACCGGGAAGGAGGGGGUGGACAUUGGAGUCAUCACCCUGCAGGGCUCGGAAUGUCCCAAAGCCGUGGACAGGAAGGCAGCAGUGAUGUCCUCGGGGUCUGGGAUGCUGAAGAGCAACAAGGAGAACAGCAGGAAGAGCCUGAUGAACAGCAAGAGCGCCAGCACGCUGCUGGUGUGGAGCAAGAAGAGCAAGAGGAGCAAGAAGAGCACCUACAGCGGUGUCCCCUUCACCGCCGUGGGGGACAACGAGGCCAUGUACUGACCGUGCUCCAUGGUGUCCCCUGAGCUCCAGGACUGGCUGCCUGCCCGGGAAGCUUCCCAAGCCUGGCUGGGCUGUGAGGACUCCCAGACCCGGGAAUGCGCCGCUGGUCGGAUCCGCGCCGAGAGGUGAGCGAGGCACCUCCACCUCCCAGCUCCUGUGUCCAAUGAUCCCCUCAGUCUGGGGGGAAACUCGGGUUUAUUGUUAAUUUUGGGAUGAUUUUUUUUUGUUUUCAAGGGGGUUGGGGGAAGCUGUGCUAAAGCAGGGCCCGGUUUGUGUCUUCUGCUUGGCCAAAGCCAGCCCCAGCCAUUAAAGCAAAAGUGUCACCUUC